AUGAUUGUUCGCUCUGAACUUAUUUCGAGGGUGCAAAAAGCGAAGAGAGGGAUUGACACGCUUGUACCUGAAAAUACAGAAAGGCUUUUAAGAAGGCUUUUGUCUUUAGGUGAAAUUCCCAUUGAUAUGCUCUGUUCUAUUUAUUGUGCAUGUGGAGAGUUGUCUCUAUUCUCUUCAAAAUUAGCAGCAUUAAAUGCCCAGGCACAACAACCUAUUACUGGGGAAAAUGUUAGCGGGGCAACAACUAAUGCCCAAGGGAGAUUGUUAAUUUUUGAUUCAACAUUUUUAUUAAUGGCACGUAUACAACAUGUAUUUGCUGAUAUGCGUUUGGAAGAAUUAGUUGGUGGACGUUUACACUGCGCAUUUUAUCGUUGGACACAACGUUAUCAGAAAUGUAUUGAGGAAAGUGAAUCGAUGUGUUUUGUUUUAUCUUCACAGACAGGAGGGGGGCCUUCAAAUGAGGAUUCUACAGAUUCCUCUUUCCGUUCAAAUUUUCAACGUAACCAAUUCCAAGCAAUGCGCUCACAAAAACAACCUUUUUGGUUAGCGGAAAAUAAUGAUUUUGGCAAUACGAUAGAAACUGUCCCUUUAAUUGGUGAACUUUUAUUGGAAGAGGUGAAAAAUGAUUUUUAUGUGAUAAUAUUUUAA